AAAACUAAUUGAAUACAUGAUUAGGAGCUGCCGGUGGCGGAUGCGGACAGCAAUAACUGGAAGGGUGUGACGAUUGCAGUGAUGGUUAUACUCGCCAUUUGCGGUGCCAUCGCUUCAUCCGUCGUAUUGAUAAACCCAGACAUACAAAAUAAAUUCAGUAACAAAGCGGACAAAGAGAAGUUAAAAUUGGAUCAUGUAUUGCAAGGGGUGUUCAAUCCGAGCGCCUACAACGGCACGUGGAUCACCGAUCACGAGCUCAUCUAUAGGGAUGUUUCGGGAGAUUUAGUCAAAUUAGAUAUGAAUUCAGUGCCACUUAAACCCCAACCAUUAGUACACAAUCAAGUUUUUCUCUUUAGACACACAUAUAUCGCCAAACAUCUCAUUUAUAACAUCGCCACGGAAGAGACAAUACUUCUCAGUCCACCCAAUGAUAAAAGUGAAACAGAUCUGCAGUUUGCGGGUUGGGGUCCGCGGCCUAAGAGCUCGCAAAUUGUAUUCAUCGCCAAAAAUACCAUCUAUUAUAAAGACAUUGCAAACUCGACGGACACUAAAGUGAUUGUGGAUAGUGUCGGACCCGAUAUAUACAAUGGUAUUCCCGAUUGGGUGUACGAGGAGGAGGUGUUGGGCUCGAGUAGCGCCCUGUGGUGGGCGCCCGACGGCUCCCGACUCUGUUUCGCCCAAUUUGACGACACAAAAGUGGACGUCAUGUCCUAUCCCUGGUAUGGCAACGGUAUUGACGCCACAAAUCUCUAUACAAAAACUGUUAAAAUAAAAUAUCCAAAAGCCGGCAGACCUAACCCAACGUUCAAGUUAUUUGUGGCAGAUUUAGCCAAAUCUGAUCCGUCG